UUCUCCUCACACAGGCAAAAUAAAUAAUAUAUUAAAACAUUUGUGUCAUGAAAUGAAAAAAGCAUCAUUUUUGUAAUACCCCAUGCCUUCUUUUUCAACACAAAGCUGUACAUUUAUUUUUUUUUAGUCUUGUCACACGCAAGCCUAGUUUUGUUUUAAAAAUUGUAUUCAUAAUUUUUAAAUUUCCCAGUUCUGGGUUUUAUGCGCACAUUUUAUAAAGCGUACAAAUUCAGCGAAACCUAACAUAAGCAAGAAUAAAAUUGUACAUCAAUAAAAUGAGAUUGUGUAACUUUGUCCUUGAUGUUAUUGUGACAAAAUUAAAGUUAUCACACCUAAAUCUUCAAGAUCCACAUAAACUUCAAGUGCAGGUUAAAUUUAACAAGAUGACAAUAUGUUUAUCAGCAAGCAAGAUCAAUGUAACCGAUUUCAAACCUGGCUCUGGCACUAAUUUUGAGAUAACACCAGAAGACCUGCGCCAAAAUGUUGAGAAAUUGGGAAUGUCCAUCUUAGUUAAGUAUGACGGAUUCGUUGUCGGCACAGGUCAGUUAAGUUUUCCCAACAUCAUCAUUGAAAGGAUUGCAGUAGGUAUGACUGAUUUGAUACAUUCAGACACCUGCAAAAUCGAACGGAAUAGUGAAGUUGUAGGCACAGUUGAGUUGCUCUGCCGUCUUAUAAUUAAAUGCGAUGAUGAGCAAAUGCCGUUGGAAAACAAUGCGCAAUAUAAUGUAGACAAAAAUAUCAACGAGCAGGAUAUCCUGUUUCUUUUAAGUGAGUCCCAGCCGUACCCCAUCCCAUGCGAACCUUGCCAAGACACAUUGGAAGACGAUGAAGGUGACGAGCGCCUGAAGUUGGAUUUGCAACGAUAUCGCAGCUCGAAUGCUUGCGGCCUUCGGGACUCAAAAUCUCUCACAUAUAAUAGCACUGGCAACGCCGCUCUUACACCACUUAAGAAAUUGGUGCAAGACUGUAAGGAGAUUAUUGACUCUAUUAUUCCGGUGCCACCAUGCCGUAAAGCCGAGAAGCUGCGAAGUUCCUCGAGUGAAGUCUGUUAUUCUCCACAGCCACAAAAUUCACCAUGCUUUUCCUACUUGCCAACAGAACAAUAUGAUAAUUUCUGUAGUCCAAGGUUUCUAAGCCAGCCCAUCAAUGAUGGAAGGAACCCACAUAUCAUGCCCAUACGCUUCUGUCCCGUUUGUCUCAACAAUAUGUCAUGGCUACCAAUAUUUGCCUCCUGUCCAAAGUGCGGAGUCAAGCCCAUACCGGUCGUUGAUGACCCUCCCAAUGAGAAGGAGCUGACUGCCGAACAAAUACUGAUCGACUUUUUGGGUAAGCCGACAGUUAACAGUGAAGAUCUAUAUGCGGAUCCCCAUGCCCAAAAAGGCAAAGAAAAUUCACCUCAGGAGGUACAGACCAGAUGUCGGUGCUCGUGCGAGAAAAAACUGUGUGCUCAUUGCCGAAUACGUAAACUGUGCGCCGAUAUCUUUAAGCCAGAUGAGAGGCAAACCUCUAAGUUGCCCGAUGGGGGACAACAAGAUUAUUGUGUAAAAUCAGAUGACUCUCGCCCACAUCUCGCUAAAGUGUUCUCCGAUCUACGCGAUCUCUACUAUAGCAAAGAUAUGAAACGAGGCUCGUUGUUCGAUGAUAAAUGUGAAGGCAAUGCAAUGCACAAAGUGAACAUGCAAAACUUGGGCUUAUCCCUCAAUCGAAAACGGAAAGCUAAAGCAACGAAUCAAAGCAGUGGCCACAAAGAGCUGAAUUAUCACUCCCACAACCAUAAUCGGUUAGCAGGACACAAGACCUGUGCGAAUAAGCAACGCCGAGUCCCACGACGCCACGGCUGGGCGUGGUCCUCAAGUCAAGAGGCACGCAACUAUGGCUGGAAACCCGGCGCAGUUCUCAAGCCCAUUAAGAAGCUUAUGAAUUUCUUUUUGUAUUACUCGCCACCCCAAAAUGCAUAUGAUGCGUGCAUGGAGCAACUGGAAGUCGAAAAAGAUCUCGAAAGUGAGUUGCCCAUUCUUAACGUGUGCAAGAAAAAGGGCGAAGUCUUCAUUACCCUGCGAGCGGUCAGCAACAAGCAUGUUGAUAUGAAGCCCAUUGUAUUUAAGAUAGUUAAAAGCAACUUGGCUGUCGCUUUAAGCCAGAUCAAGAAAAAGUUGAAAGAGAAAGGUUUUCCCAAAUGCAUCUGCCACAAGACGGUUAUGAUGUGUGUCUGUCGCAACAACAUUGAAAAGAAGCAUCUUGAGGGUGCACUGCAAAAGGAGUGCAAGCGUCGCGGCAUAGAAAAUUGCGUAGAUCAUCUGGUCCUGACAGACACCAGUGACAGCGAAGUGGACUAUGAUUUUGAUGUGACACCGCCGGCGUGCGUGGCGAAGCCUCGUACAUUACCAAAGCCACUCACCGUCAACAAUGCCACCCAGUGCACAAAAAAAAAUCGAAUCGUGCUCCCAAAUAAUCCAUUCAAACGCGGCCUCUACUGGCGCGCCUAUGAUUGUGCUACCGGUGAUCGUUACACGGGCACAGCCUUCGGUGCUCCAGCAGAGGAAGUGUUUGAGGAUGGUGUCUUUGGAUAUAGGGGUGGCGGUGCACAUGGUGCAAAUGCUACUCUAGGCGGCCGACCUAAAAAUAAGGCUAUUUGGGGAAACAGUUCCGGAGGGCCUAUGCGCGCUGGCGGACGUUCUGCUCCUUAUGGUAAUUUAAUAAGUCAAGUGGGCGAAAAAUCAUUUCCCGGUGCUAAAAGGGGCCCUGCUGCCAAAGGAGUUGGCAGUAAGCCAAUUCCUGUAAAAAUGACUAAGCGAGCUCAAUUAGCUGCCAAAAAUAUCUUAAAUCAAUCUCAUCUCGAAAAGACUCGUGAAAAGACAAAGUCUGAAAAAAUGAUAAUGUAUUUAAAAAAACAUGGCCUAUUUUUAGGGGGAAAGGAUAAGGAAAAAGGUGCAUCUAAUGUUGGUCCGGACGGAAUAACCGAUGCGCAACGUAGACGUCGCGCUCUGCUGCAAGUCCCCCCGCAACCCAUUGAGUUUGUGACGCGCCUGGGGAAGGGCUUUGAUCCGUGUACUGCUCAAUGCAAUUGUGAAUUCGGUGGGGAUUACUAACCCAGCCAUGUGCUUAUUAUGGCUACGGACCAGUCGACUGGCAAAAAAAAUGCCAUUUGUAUGAUCUAUUAAAUUUUU